AUGGCCAUCGAGUCCUUCAUCAUCAAGACCCCUUGCUCCUCCGCCAACAUUGGCCCAGGCUUCGACGUCAUCGGCCUCGCCUUGUCUAUGUAUCUGGAGCUGCACGUUACCAUCGACCGUUCCAAAAAGACGUCGACAUACCCGCUCAACUGCCGCAUCACCUACGAGGGUGAGGGCGAGGGCACCGACGAGAUCUCUCUUGACCCGGAGGUCAACCUGCUCACCCGUGUCGCCCUGUACGUGCUGCGCUGCCACGACCAGCGUUCCUUUCCCUGUGAGACCCAUGUGCAUAUCAAGAACCCUAUUCCGCUGGGCCGCGGUCUUGGGUCCAGCGGUGCUGCUGUCGUUGCUGGCGUCAUGCUCGGCAAGGAGUGCGGCGGGCUGAAACAUCUCACCCGGGAGAGGUUGUUUGACUUCUGCUUGAUGAUUGAGCGUCACCCGGACAACGUCGGCGCUGCCCUGUUUGGUGGCUUUGUCGGUACCUACCUCAUGCCGCUCAAGCCCGAGGAUGCAGCACGUAAGGAGAUCCCGCUCAGCGAGGUCCUCCCGGCUCCUGCCGGCGGCAUCGACACGGGCAUCAAGCCCCCCGAGCCGCCCAUUGGCAUCGGUCAUCAUAUCAAGUUUCCCUGGGCCCCUGAGAUCAAGGCCGUUGUCAUCAUCCCCGACUUUGAGGUCCCGACAGCCAAGGCUCGCGAAGUGUUGCCGGCUCAGUACCCGCGGCUUGAUGUGACCUUCAACCUCCAGAGAAUAGCUCUGCUCCCCGUGGCGCUGGGUCAGUCCCCCCCUGACCCGGAGCUCAUCUACCUGGCGAUGCAGGACAAGCUGCACCAGCCCUACCGGCAGACCUUGAUUCCGGGCCUAACGGAGAUCGUCGAAUCCAUGACGCCGUCCACACAACCCGGCCUGCUCGGCGUGUGCCUGUCCGGCGCCGGCCCCACCAUCUUGGCGCUGGCCACCGCGAACUUCAACGAGAUUGCCGAGAGCAUCAUUGCCAAGUUCCGAGCUAACAACAUCCAGUGCAGCUGGCGCCUGCUUGAGCUGGCCGAGGGCGGCACCCAGGUGUUGCGGGACUAG